AUGUCUCUACAGCCUUUUACAAACGAGCAGCUGAAUUACUUCAAAUUUGCCUCAGUUGUACUUAAUGAGUUCGCCACUGCUUUGCGUCAGACGUUCAAAUCCAUGUGGGACAACAGAUAUGGACAUCGUUCAGGGUAUCAACUGUGGGAUAACUCCAUGGUAGUAAGAAAUUUGUUUCUCGCUGAAGAGGGUGGAAAAACUAAAGUUCCCACACACAUCUCCUAUGAAGAAUGGGAUUGUACCGCUCUGUUCCAGGCCACCAUCUAUGCAAGGUCUUUCGCUAUGCCAGAUAGCAAAGGUCAUUACAAGACACUUGGUGAACUGUACAUAAAGCACCACAAAGUGCCUCUUGGAAAGUUCCAUCCAUCUGUUGCGAGUCCAAGUGGAAAUACAGCCGAAACCUUCGCUCUCGCGAUUGAUCAGCUUCGACUUUUACGAAACUCGCUUUGUCACUCAGACAAGUCAGAGAUUGAUAAACCAACCUUUGACCAAUACGUGCAGCUCGCUAAAGAAGCAUUCAAAGCUCUUGGUAUCAUGACAGAUCCCAUUGAUGCCAUCGGUGGAUUGACAGAGUCUGACUUUCCCACGAAAGAAGUUCGCAAAUUGGAAGAAAGUUUCAGACAGGAGACCAGAUCAUAUAUCGAGUGUCUCGAAGAGGUGCAGUCAGGUGUCGACAAAUUAGUAGCACAGGGGAAUGCUAUCGCUGUGUUGGAGGGAAAAAUAGAUGAUUUGAAACUUAAGAUGGAUCAAACUCAAACAGGUAUAAACUGAUUUCAAUCAGUAACUUAAGUAACUUAACAGUAAGAUGCAUUGUGGCAGAUUCCUAUAAGCUUUACUUUGGCAGGGAGGAACAAAAGAGACAGCAGCGUUUUUAAUCUGUAUUUUGCUAGUAAUAGUUGAACGGGGCAAAAAUGUUCCAUCCAUCUGUUGUGAGUCCAUGUGGAAAUAAAGCCGAAACCUUCGCUCUCGCGAUUGAUCAGCUUCGACGUUUACGAAACUCGCUUUGUCACUCAGACAGGUCAGAGAUUGAUAAACCAACCUUUGACCAAUACGUGCAGCUCGCUAAAGUAGCGUUCAAAGCUCUCGGUAUCAUAACAGAUCCCACUGAUGUCAUCGGUGGAUUGACAGAGUCUGACUUUCCCACUAAACAAGUUCGCAGAUUGGAGGAACAUCUUAGACAGGAGAUCAGAUCAUAUAUCGAGUGUCUCGAGGAAGUAACAUCAGGUGUCGAAAUAUUAGUAGCACAGGGGAAUGCUAUAGGGGAAAAAGUAGAUAAACUCGCUUUGAAAAUGAAGAAGGAUCAAGAUAAAACAGGUAUAAACUGAUGAAAAACUGCAUUGUGGCACAGUCUUGUAAGCACUGCCUUGGCAAGGAAAAACAAAAGUGACAGCAGUGUUUUUACUCUGUACUUUGAAGGUAGCAAUAGCUCAACGGAGUAACUUCCAGUUUUUGCAAAAAUGCUUUGUACAUGUCUCAAAAAUCCUCUCUUCUUCCCUGAGAUGAAUUUCUUCUAUGAUCAGAGUAGCACCUUGAACAAUCUUUUUUCUUUUAUUUCAAAACAAUUUGUGCAAGAAAUAAACUGCACCCACUUUAUUUACCGGCAUUGUGACUCAUGUAGGAUGUUGUUCAAAUUAUAACUUCACGGAAAAAGCAGCAAGCUCAUAAUUGACGCUGUAUCCAUAAAACUUGAUUUUCUAGAUUUUUAGUGUGACAGUAAAAUGUACCCUUUUUUUUAAUGAUCAUUAUUUUUUUUUGCUCCUCAAACUACCGACAUUUAGCUCUUUCAUGAUUGCAUCAAUUUUUUCCUUUUAAGAUUCAAAGCCAUUCCUUCCACCAUCAAAUCUUCCCUCAAGGGUUCCACACUUCACUGGCCGUCAGAGAGAAUGUGAACGCAUUAGGCGUCACUUAACUUCCAAAAGUACCCGGAUCGUGUCCCUAUGGGGCUCGCCUGGUUUUGGUAAGACUUCUGUGGCAACUGAAGUCGGACAUCAACUCCAAACUGGUGGACUUCCCGUAUACUUCUUCUCUAUGCGACGACUUCUUUCAAAAGCCGGUUUGACUAUGCAGCUUCUGAGCUCCUGUAAAAGACACUCCACAAAAGAUCAAAUGCCUCAGCGGAUGUCCCUUGAAGACGAACUUUCCCUCUUUCUAAGCAAUAUUUCAGGUGAAUUUGUGAUAAUUCUUGACAAUGCCGAUGACUUGCUCGAAAGUGGAGCACCCAAUGUGAAGGAAGAUUUCAUCAACCUUCUGGAAGUCAUUCUUAGUCAAUUCAAGAAUUUAACAUUUCUUCUUACCACAAGGGAAUCUCUUGAAUUUAUGAAUGUGCAUUUUGAAGGCCAUCAAGCAGUAAGAAUAGGGCCAUUACACGAGUCCUUCUCUCAAACCUUAGUCGGCGGAUUACUCCCAAAAGCGACCGCGUCUGACUGCUCGAAUAUUGCAAAACUCUGCGGGUUCGUACCUUUGGCCAUGAAACUGUUCUGUUCCUCUAUUGCUGAAGAUAAUGCUCAGCCGACUCAAUUUUUAGUUAGCUUCAAGGAAUCUAUAGAAGAUAACCUGUUGGGGCUGUUGGACGAUUCAGAUUAUCCAAGCAAUCUGCGAUUGAAGUUCCUAUUUGAAUCCUCUUUUCAGAGACUCUCUCUAUCAGACAAAAAAGCCCUGGUAUCACUUAGUGUUCUUUCUGGAGAUUUUAACCACUCAGUUGCUGCAGCUGUCAUGGGUGUAAAAACAACUCUGGAGGCCAAGAAAAUCUUGCAUAGGCUUCGGAAGAAAUCCUUCCUCGACUAUAGCUUCAAACCUGAGUCAUUUUCAAUGCAUAAGUUGAUUCUGUCGUUUGUAAGGGAAAGAGGUCAAGAUGAAAUGAAAGAGGCCAUGCUGAACUCCAAAGCACGCUUGUCUGCAUUUUACGUCUCUCUUUUCGAGAAGCUAAAUAAACGGUUUUUGACAGGACAAUCCAUGGAGGCAUUUAUUGAUUUCUAUGAAGAGAAGCAGAAUAUUAUUCAGAGUCUUAUGGAGAGCUGUUCCGAUCCUAAGACAUGUGACGUUGCAUUUGGUGUCCUGACAAAAGCAGAAUUUUUUCUAGAUUCCCUUUUCUGGUGCGAGGGAAAUAUUAUGGACAAAAUUUAUGAUCACGCAACUGAAAAAGCUCAGGCGUUUGGAAAGAGCGUGUUUUACAAUCAGUUACUCGUGUCCUUGGCAUUUGGCGAAGUGACUUGGGGGAUAGAUGGAAGAUCAAUGAUGCUUCUCCGUGAAGCCGAAGGCCUUUCUUUGUCGAUAGAUGAUAAAAGAAAAAUUCUGUGUUACAGAGCCAUCUGUCAACUGGUUUCAGGCAAAAUAGACGACGGAGCUCAGAACUUGCAAGAAGCUCUUUGCUUGAUGAGUGACAGCCCGGAACAGCGAAUUCUCAGCAUAACUGCACUGCAAAUUCUUGUUACUUACUUUCUUUUCAAUAAAAAGAAAGCAACUUCACUAGAGUUUUAUACCAAAGCUUUACAUGAAUGCAGAGCAUUAGGAGACACAGGCCUUCUUGUUAUUCCUCCAGUGAUUAAUGAAGAAUUGAGAAUGAUCGAGGCAGAUAUGCCGGAACCAGACGUAACAACCACUGAACCACUUAGAUUAGAAAUGAUUGUCGUUCUUAGCAAGGCAACAGAAAAGUUCUCUGAUUAUGAAACAAAGAAAGCAAUAAGCAAAUGUGUGCUAGAGAUGUCAAAUCAAACAGAGAAACAGAUCCUCCCACAAUCCGUUGGUUUAUGGACCUUCCAGCGCAACAUCAAUUCGACACUUGAAAAUGUACUAAAUAAUCCCAAGGAAGCAUCAAAGUUGUGCGACACACGGAUCAGGUAUCAUAAAAAGGUCUUAAAAGAAAGUGGACAAGAUAUCUCAGAUGAUAAAGCUAAACCCGAAGAAAAUUUUGAUUCAAAUUUGCAUCAAGAAGAAUUAUAUAAAAGCUAUAUGGACCAAGGCAACACUCUUCUUCAGGUGCAAAACUAUCCUAGAGCCAUUCAGUCCUUUGAAUAUGCCCUAAACAUCGCAAGAGGACUCUUCAAGGAAGAACACCCAGACACAGCCAAAAGUUACUUUUCUAUCGGAGAAACACAACAUGCUUUAGGCAAUUUUUCAUCAGCACUUCAGUCCAAGCAGCGUGCUCUUGACAUAAGAGUUAAACUCUUCGGGGAAGAACACCGAGACACAGCCGAAAGUUACUUUGCUAUCGGAGUAACACAACAUGCUUUAGGAAAUUUCUCUUCAGCACUUCAGUCUGAUCAGCGUGCUCUUGACAUAAGAGUUAAACUCUUCGGGGAAGAACACCCAGACACAGCCGAAAGUUACUUUUCUAUCGGAGUAACACAACAUGCUUUAGGAAAUUUCUCGUCAGCACUUCAGUCCAAACAGCGUGCUCUUGACAUAAGAGUUAAACUCUUCUGGGAAGAACACCCAGACACAGCCAAAAGUUACUUUUCUAUCGGAGUAACACAACAUGCUUUAGGAAAUUUCUCGUCAGCACUUCAGUCCAAACAGCAUGCUCUUGACAUAAGAAUUAAACUAUUCGGGGAAGAACACCGAGACACAGCCAAAAGUUACUUUUCUAUCGGAGUAACACAACAUGCUUUAGGAAAUUUCUCGUCAGCACUUCAGUCCAAACAGUAUGCUCUUGACAUAAGAAUUAAACUCUUCGGGGAAGAAAACCGAGACACAGCCGAAAGUUACUUUUCUAUCGGAGUAACACAACAUGCUUUAGGAAAUUUCUCGUCAGCACUUCAGUCUGAUCAGCGUGCUCUUGACAUAAGAGUUAAACUCUUCGGGGAAGAACACCGAGACACAGCCGAAAGUUACUUUUCUAUCGGAGAAACACAACAUGCUUUAGGAAAUUUCUCGUCAGCACUUCAGUCCGAUCAGCGUGCUCUUGACAUAAGAGUUAAAUUCUUCGGGGAAGAACACCGAGACACAGCCGAAAGUUACUUUUCUAUCGGAUCAACACAACAUGCUUUAGGAAAUUUCUCGUCAGCACUUCAGUACGAUCAGCGUGCUCUUGACAUAAGAGUUAAACUCUUCGGGGAAGAACACCCAGACACAGCCGAAAGUUACUUUUCUAUCGGAGAAACACAACAUGCUUUAGGAAAUUUCUCGUCAGCUCUUCAGUCCAAACAGCGUGCUCUUGACAUAAGAGUUAAACUCUUCGGGGAAGAACACCCAGACACAGCCGAAAGUUACUUUUCUAUCGGAGUAACACAACAUGCUUUAGGAAAUUUCUCGUCAGCACUUCAGUCCGAUCAGCGUGCUCUUGACAUAAGAGUUAAACUCUUCGGGGAAGAACACCGAGACACAGCCGAAAGUUACUUUUCUAUCGGAGUAACACAACACGCUUUAGGAAAUUUCUCGUCAGCACUUCAGUCCCAUCAGCGUGCUCUUGACAUAAAAGUUAAACUCUUCGGGGAAGAACACCCAGACACAGCCGAAAGUUACUUUUCUCUCGGAGUAACACAACAUGUUUUAGGAAAUUUCUCGUCAGCACUUCAGUCCUAUCAGCAUGCUCUUGACAUAAGAGUUAAACUCUUUGGGGAAGAACACCGAGACACAGCCGAAAGUUACUUUUCUAUCGGAGUAACACAACAUGCUUUAGGAAAUUUCUCGUCAGCACUUCAGUCCGAUCAGCGUGCUCUUGACAUAAGAGUUAAACUCUUCGGGGAAGAACACCGAGACACAGCCGAAAGUUACUUUUCUAUCGGAGCAACACAACACACUUUAGGAAAUUUCUCGUCAGCACUUCAGUCCUAUCAGCGUGCUCUUCACAUAAGAGUUAAAAUCUUCGGGGAAGAACACCGAGACACAGCCGAAAGUUACUUUAAUCUCGGAGUAACACAACAUGCUUUAGGAAAUUUCUCCUCAGCACUUCAGUCCAAACAGCGUGCUCUUGACAUAAGAGUUAAACUCUUCGGGGAAGAACACCGAGACACAGCCGAAAGUUACUUUUCUAUCGGAGUAACACAACAUGCUUUAGGGAAAUUUCUCGUCAGCACUUCAGUCCAAACAGCAUGCUCUUGA